CCUCAUAUCCGGUGGAAGCGGGGACUGAUUUUGACUUGGCGCUGCGCGCUUUGGUCAAGAUGGCGGCGUCCACUAGCUGCUUCUGGCGAGUUUUCCUUCAGUACCAGAGGCAGUGUCUCUCUAGGAUGAUUUAUAAUACCUCCAUUGCAUCUUGUAUAGUAAAUGUUCAGGCAGCUAAAAGAUACUAUGUUGCUGAAAAACCUGCAAAAAAGGGGAAAAAAGGCUCCAAAGUGCAAACUAAAGAUGAAAAAACAAUUGAUAUAGAAAAACUAAAGACAUAUUGUUAUAUGGAGGGUGAACCAGAGGAUGAUGUCUAUUUGAAACGCCUAUUCCCAAGGCAGAUUUAUGAAGUGGAGAAAGCAGUUAAUUUACUGAAAAGAUUUCAAAUUCUGGACUAUUCUAACCCAAAGCAAGGCAUCUAUCUUGACUUGACAUUGGAUAUGGCAUUGGAGAAGAAGAAGAAAAAGUUGGAACCAUUUGCCAGUGUCCUUAAUUUCCCAUACCCAUUUACUUCAAAAAUUAAUAAUGUUAUGGUAUUUACAGAGAAAGAAUCAGAAAUUAAAAUAGCAGAAGAAAAUGGAGCUGCAUUUGCAGGAGGAUCUGUUCUAAUUCAGAAGAUUUUGGAUGAUGAAAUCCAGGCAGACUUUUAUGUCAGUGUUCCUGAAAUGAUGCCAGCACUUCAGCCAUUAAGAAGGAAACUUAAAAAAAGAUUUCCAAGGCUUUCCCAAAAUUCUGUCAAUCAUGACAUUGUGAAAAUGCUUGAAUUCUUUAAAACUGGACAUGAGAUUGUGGUAGAUGAAGAAAGAGGAAACUUUCUCUCAACUCAAAUAGCAUUGCUGGAUAUGCCAACUGACCAGAUAGCUGCUAAUCUGCAAGUAGUUCUUACUGAAGUCUGUCGGCAAAAACCACAGAGUAGUGGACCUUUUGUGGUACGUGCAUUUAUUCGUAGUUCAACAAGUGAAGGAUUAUUACUAAAGAUUGAGCACUUAUUGCCUCAAGAAAAAGUAAAAGCAGAAGAAAAUGUUAAAGAAAUCAUUUAAAAUUUUUAUCUCAUGAAAUGACUUACUGGACUUGAUAACUUGCAGUCAUGUCUUCAGAAUAAAUACAUGGCUUACUUUUCGCCCUUGAAA